AUGUCUUUUGCUGGCAGCAGGAGACUCAUGAUGUCCUCUACUACGGCGGUGCUGCUGAUCAUCUCGGUGUUACAGAUUUGGCUCUGUUGUGAGUACCCAUGCCAAGCCGGGGCAAUUCGGAUACUGCCCGGAAAUGGGAUGGCGGCGAAGCUCAUAAGGGAAAGCAGCAAGCUGGGAAGUAUGGAUAAGAAAAGCAAGGAGGAGCUGUUCCGUAAGUAUUUCAAUGCAACUUCUUUUGCUCUCAACAAAACCCACACUGGAUUUGAGGAGAGCAAACGAAGAGUACCCAGUUGCCCAGAUCCUCUCCACAACUAG